CACAGGAGGAGGCGCCUGCGCUCCUCGGAGGACACUCGGCUUUCCGGAGGCGAUAUCGCACAAACGUAAGCCGAGAGAGGAGAUGCCUCCACCGGCCAAAAAGUGAGGGCUGGCUCGGUGUUUGGACUGGAAAUGGGGAGUCUGGCCGGAGCUGUCAGAACCACGCCUAUAGGGGCCUACAAUUGGUCCAGAAAGCGUAAAAUCAGCAAUCAAAGGGGCUUGGUUCAUUAGUGCUGGGGAUGCAGGCAGGAAGGACAUGUGAGAUAGUAACAGAUCUGCAGUGAGCGGAGCCACAUCUCUCCGGUCCGGGUGGGAUGACUGAAGCGGAGCAGCAGCUCCUUCCUGUGAGAGGCGCACAGAGCAGCCCGGCUCCACCGUCACAGCGCGGCUUCUGCUGAAGCUCGGCGGAGGAACGGAAGGAGAAGCUGUGGAGCAGCGACCCUCCGCUGCUUUCUCCAGCCCCGCGACACGCCGCGCGCCCCGCGAGCUGCUGCCGCGCCGCCGCGCACAGACAGACGCGGAUCUAACCCGCUUCGAGCCCGGAGGAAGAUCCCGCUGACAGAUCCGUUGAUUCACUUCGGUUUUUGUGGAUGCACCGAUGAGAGAUCCAGUUUUUACAGGGACUGCAAUGGCUUAUCACCCUUUCCACGCACACCGGCCGACCGACUUCCCCAUGUCCGCCUUCCUGGCGGCCGCGCAGCCUUCCUUCUUCCCGGCGCUCAGCCUGCCUCCCGGGGCUCUCACCAAGCCCAUCCCGGAUCACGGCCUGACCGGCGCGGCGGAGGCUGGGCUGCACCCGGCCCUGAGCCACCAUCAGGCGGCUCAUCUCCGCGGCAUGAAAAGUCUGGAGCCCGAGGAGGAAGUAGACGAUGACCCCAAAGUAACACUGGAAGCCAAGGAUCUGUGGGACCAGUUCCAUAAACUCGGAACAGAGAUGGUUAUAACCAAAUCCGGAAGGAGGAUGUUCCCCCCGUUCAAGGUGCGGAUAAACGGCCUGGAUAAAAAAGCCAAAUACAUCCUGCUGAUGGACAUCGUGGCGGCCGACGACUGCCGCUACAAGUUCCACAACUCCCGCUGGAUGGUGGCGGGGAAGGCCGACCCGGAGAUGCCCAAGAGGAUGUACAUCCACCCGGACAGCCCGGCCACCGGGGAGCAGUGGAUGGCCAAGCCUGUCGCCUUCCACAAGCUCAAGCUGACCAACAACAUCUCGGACAAACACGGAUUCCUUUGCUCCAUGCAGACCAUCCUGAACUCCAUGCACAAGUAUCAGCCCAGGUUCCACAUCGUACGGGCCAACGACAUCCUCAAGCUCCCCUACAGCACCUUCCGCACCUACGUUUUCCCGGAGACCGAGUUCGUGGCCGUGACGGCGUAUCAGAACGACAAGAUCACGCAGCUGAAGAUCGACAACAACCCCUUUGCCAAAGGAUUCAGGGACACGGGAAACGGGAGGAGGGAAAAGAGAAAGCAGCUCACCAUGCCGUCGCUGCGCAUGUAUGAAGACCAGUGCAAGGCGGACCGAGAGGGCGCAGACUCUGACGCCUCCUCCAGUGAGCCUCCGGCCGGCAGGGACACCGUCCACUCCCCCGUGGGUGCCGGUACCAGCCCGCUCAGGUUCGGCAGAACCAGCCGCGAUGAGAAAACGUGCACUGACAGUGAACAGGAGCUGGAGCAUCACGACGAACACGGCUCCAACAGCCCUGGAACCGAGCCCAUGUCGCCCUACAGCUCCAGGUGUGAGGAGCGCGUGAGGGAAAGAGCAAGUGCGGAAAAGAAGGACGACUCCAUUUUUACUAUAAGGAACCUGGAGAAGGACAAAACGGAGAGCAGGCACAGGAAGGACACUACGGACGCGCUCACAAAGGACUCUGACGCUGGAGGCAUUAGUGCCAGUAAGGACACCUUCUCCCCUCUGGUGGUCCAAACCGAGAGCCCCUCACACUUCAGCCCAAGUCACUUACAAAGCCUGGCUCUGUCCGGUCUUCACAGCCAGCAGUUCUUUAACCCUCUGAACACCGGAUCACCGCUGCUGUUCCACCCAGGGCAGUUUGCAAUGGCCCCUGGAGCCUUCUCUGCCAUGGGCAUGGGGCAUCUGCUGGCCUCGGUUUCAGGAGCAGGCGGGUUGGAAAACAGCAGCCUCUCUGCCCAAAGCACAGGAGGAACCCCCAACCCCUUCCCCUUCCACCUGUCCCAGCACAUGCUCGCCUCUCAGGGCAUCCCCAUGCCUCCGUUUGGGGGUCUCUUCCCGUACCCCUACACCUACAUGGCAGCUGCUGCAGCUGCAGCCUCCGCCUCGGCUCUCCCUGCCUCCAGCACAUCCAGCCCGCUCUCCAGGAACCCCUUUCUGAGCUCGACCCGGCCGCGGCUCCGCUUCAACCCCUACCAGCUCCCCAUGUCGCUGCCCCAGAGCUCCACCCUGCUAACCACAGGCCUGCCCGGCAGCCUCGCUCUGGGCUCAGAGGCCUCCAAGCCCGGCAGCAGGGAGAGCAGCCCCGCUCCAGAGCACCACAGCAACCACAAGACCGGAGGCUCCAGCGGGAGAGUGGCGUCUCCCAAAGCCUCCAUGAAGGACUCUGUGAACGAGCUGCAGAGCAUCCAGAGACUGGUGAGCGGCCUGGAGAGUCAGAGGGAGCCCUCCCCAAACACGGAUUCCCCCAAGUGAUGAAGGCUCAAAGCUGGGAUGAACGGAGGCUGGAAAAUCAGAGGACAAUAGGUGCAAAAGUCCUGUACAGCACAUCACAGAGACUGAGAUGAGGGUGUGACGGGAGGGGGUCAAUGAAGGGUUUCUGGAACAAAGCUUCAGGUAGACAAAAAUGUAGUCCAUAUGAUUCUAUUUAACCAUUUAAACUCACUCACAGGCGAGGAAGAAGCUGAGCUCUGAGGCUGCGCUGGAGAGCCUCCUUCAGACCUCCAAUGAGUGUGCAGGGUCAGCAGCUGCUGAAGGCUGUGUCUGUGGGGGGGGGUCCUGCUGAUUAAAUCAGGGUCAAAACAGGAAAUUAUCCAAUGCAGAAAAGGAAAGUUUGAUGACUUUAAAAUCUAAAACCACUUGAGUUGGAGAACAGAGGGACAGCGACACUGCAGGAGGAAGCAGCGGGAGGGACCCCCCCAGGGACCCCCCAGGGGCCCCGCGCGCCUGUCUGAGCCUGCAGCUCCACGCACGACUUUUCCUCACUUGAAGCAUCCGAGCCCAGCUCCUCUCCCACGAACUGAGCCUGCUGAGCCACCGCGCGCGGGCAGGUCGGACCAUUUCAAAAAGGAGAGGGGAGCGAGAGGGGGGCACACACCUGUCACUUCAUGCCAGAAAUAUUAUUUCUGAACUAUUUAUGUAAUUAAGAAAAUCUGUAAAUAAAGCUAAGAUCCAAGAAUAUGCAAUUGGUAUUAAUUUAUUUAAAGCUGUAUAUGAGCGUGUAUAUAUGUGGGUGAAGCUUCAGUCCCUCGUUUGACAUGAAUUUAUGCUGUAACUGAACUUCUGUAGCGAUUGUUGGUUUGGACAAACUGUAUGAAGCAUCGCGGCUUUGAUCGCAGAUUCUUUCUUUCUUUUUUAGCAGACGUGUGUGCCAUGUUUGAGUUCACCUCCACUAGAACAAACACAGAGAAAAGCCCCUCAGGUCAGGUCUGCAGCGGCGUUUACACAGAAACACGCUGCAGGAUGAAGGAUGCUGCUCAUGUCCGGCUCUUUCUAUUCCGCUUUCUUUUUUAUUGUCUUACAAUUUCAAUAAAAGUAUCGUUGUGCUAAAAGUUUGCACUAU